GUUCGCUGGUGCAUUUAACACUAAUCAUGUUUCCUUCCAUGGGUGCUGAUUGUGAACUUCAAGAACGCACCUUGAAAAUUCGCAUAGAGUUUACGUAAGGCUAUGGGAAGGAAGCCAAAGGCUGAUUUAUCGGUAUAGAUCAUAACACAGACACCAAACUUGUCCGUCUGAUUCGCAGUUCUUUCGCGUUACUGGUGAUGCCUUGCUAAUUACCUCUAGGUGCGAAUAUCAACUUCCCCGUGUUGUCAAUGUCAAUCUUGACACUUUGGAUCACAUGACCACUCACCAUUUUUGCUUACUAUGUAAUGACCCAGGACUGUGACGUCAAAGCUGCCGAUGCACGCAUGGGCAACAUCAUGAUCGGAGAGGAUCCCUGCAGCCGAUCUCCGAGCCUCCUACAGACACAGCGGAGCGAUCCGAACUUUAGGUUUUGGAAGUGGAAUGUUGGAAUCUCAGGCGAUUCUGGCCACUUAAGAGAAUCCAGCCGGGUCCGCGGACAAAAUGGCCAUAUUCUGCUUAGGGAAGCCACGCUUGGUAGUGUGGAAUUAUGUUGCAGGAAGAAGAAACUUACGUCAGGUGCAGGUGAGGUUGAGCUGUGCCGGGCCUCUGGUUAUCACAAAUUAAGGAGCACCUAUCUCCUACCAUCAACGUCAUCGAAUCUCGCCUAUUCUUCGAGGGAAUGCCCCAUUUGCCCCGACGAACUCAUACACAACAUUGCAGCUUUUCCAUUCUAUUCCUUCUCUCCCAUGGGUAAUGGUUUUGCUUCACCCUUCCGAAAGGUUCGCCGUCCACGGUAUAUGCAGUAGUCACUCAAGCCUACCACUAUUAUGUUUCUACGUCCUUUAACGAAACAGAUCGUGAUAACUGCCUUUCCCAUAAAGAUU